AUGGCGGCGAAUGCAUCUGGGUUCUUCACACAUCCUUCGAUUUCUUCCCUGAGAAGCAGAAACCACCUCCCGAUUAGAGUUUCUGGAUCUGGGUUUUGCGUUUCGAAAGGAUUCUCUAAAAGGGUUUUGUGCUCCAGCGUUAGCUCCAUUGAUAAGGAUGCUUCUUCGCCGUCUCCUUCCGAAUAUCGACGACCCAGGCUUGUGCCGAGUGGCUGCAAAUUGAUUGGAUCUGGUUCAGCAGUGCCAAGUCUUCUGAUUUCUAAUGAUGAUCUCUCCAAAAUAGUCGACACUAAUGAUGAAUGGAUAGCUACUCGUACGGGCAUUCGCAACCGUCGUGUUGUUUCAGGCAAAGAUAGCUUGAUUGGAUUAGCAGUAGAGGCAGCAACCAAAGCCCUUGAAAUGGCAGAGGUUGCUCCUGAAGAUAUUGACUUAGUCUUGAUGUGUACUUCCACUCCUGAUGAUCUAUUCGGUGCUGCUCCUCAGAUUCAAAAGGCACUUGGUUGCACAAAGAACCCUUUAGCUUAUGAUAUCACAGCUGCUUGUAGUGGAUUUGUCUUGGGUCUGGUCUCAGCUGCUUGUCAUAUAAGAGGAGGCGGUUUUAAGAAUGUUUUAGUGAUUGGAGCUGAUUCUUUAUCUCGGUUUGUUGACUGGACGGAUAGAGGAACUUGCAUUCUCUUUGGAGACGCCGCUGGUGCUGUGGUUGUUCAGGCUUGUGAUAUUGAGGAUGAUGGGUUGUUUAGCUUCGAUGUACACAGCGAUGGAGAUGGUCGUAGACAUUUGAGUGCUUCUGUUAAAGAAUCACAAACUGAUGAUGGUGCCUUGAGCUCCAAUGGCUCUGUGUUUGGAGGAGACUUCCCACCGAAACAAUCUUCGUAUUCUUGCAUUCAGAUGAACGGGAAAGAAGUGUUUCGCUUUGCUGUCAAAUGCGUUCCUCAAUCUAUUGAGUCUGCUUUACAAAAAGCCGGUCUUCCUGCUUCUUCCAUUGAUUGGCUCCUCCUCCAUCAGGCAAACCAGAGAAUAAUAGACUCUGUGGCUACAAGACUUCAUAUUCCACAGGAAAGAGUGAUUUCGAAUUUGGCUAACUACGGUAACACAAGCGCUGCUUCGAUUCCUCUUGCUCUUGAUGAGGCGGUGAGAAGUGGGAAAGUUAAACCGGGACAUACCAUAGCCACGUCCGGUUUUGGAGCCGGUUUAACUUGGGGUUCUGCAAUUAUCCGGUGGAGAUGA